GAAUUUUUAUCUUUCUCUAAUAUAAGACAACUCAGAUAUGAAUAAGUAAUAACAAUGGACACUUCACAAACCCGAGGGCUCCCUUCAGGGUAGUCACACCCCAAGACACAAGCCACACGUGCAAAGGGAGCCAUACAAAUUUCAAACUCUUCUAGAGCGUGUGAAAAUAAAUGCAAUAAGCAUUAAACUCUUAUCCACUCAAAUUCUAAAUCUCCAUGAAAUCCAAAUACAAUAUUCUUCAUCUUCAUUCUUUCUUUUAUCAAUCAAUUUCAACAUUCCCAAACCAACCAAUAAUCUAAGACCAAAUACUACAUUUCUAUAAGUAGUACUCCAUAUCCCAUCAUCUACUUAUAACAAUGGACUAUAAUUAUUUCAUUUUUGCAUGUAAACAUUAAAUCAAACCAUUAUAUCUCGUGAAAACAAAAAUCCUCAGCUCGUUUCAGCUCCUACCAAAGAUCCUCGUGAAGAAGAGCUCUUCUUAUUUCACGGGUUUCGUAUUCUUCUCUGAUCAACACUCCCAAUUCACCCUUCAUAUACCCCAUCGAACCUUCCCACUUAGCACCAUGUACCCAAAUUUAAGCUCUUUUAAUGGCUUCCACACCCAAAUCUUCCCUUUUUCUUUCAACCCUUUUCUUUUUUUGUGUUUUUAUGAAUACCCAUUUAGCCUUUUCUCUUAAUACUUACAUUGUACAACUACACCCACAGACUAAAACCUCAGCUUCUUAUUACCCUUCUAAGCUUGAUUGGCACCUUUCUUUUCUUGAGAGGACUGUGUCUUUGCAGGAAAAUGGGAAUUCUCGAUUUUCUUCUCGUCUUUUGUACUCUUACCGGUCUGCAAUCGAGGGUUUUGCGGCUGUGCUUAGUGAGCCAGAAGUGCAGUUGUUGAGGAGAAUGCAUGAUGUGAUCACGGUUAGGCCUGAUCGGAGGCUUGAAGUGCAUACGACUUACUCGUAUAAGUUUUUGGAGCUCGAUGUUCAAGGGGUUGGAGCGUGGUCUAAGAGUGCGUUUGGGAGGGGCACAAUUAUUGGCAUCCUUGAUACUGGGGUUUGGCCAGAGAGCCCGAGUUUCAGUGAUCAUGGGAUGCCGGCCCCUCCUAAGAAAUGGAAGGGUGUUUGUCAAGAAGGGCAGAAUUUUAACGCGUCGAGUUGUAAUAAGAAACUUAUUGGUGCUCGGUUUUUCAUUAAAGGUCAUCAUGUGGCAAAUGCACCACUGGAAUCAGAUGUAAGUCCUGAAUAUGUGUCACCGCGUGAUUCUUCAGGGCAUGGGACCCACACAUCGUCCACGGCUGGAGGAUCACCGGUUUCAAUGGCUAGCGUGUUAGGCAAUGGGGCUGGCACGGCUCAAGGGAUGGCACCAGGGGCUCAUGUUGCUAUCUAUAAAGUGUGCUGGUUUAAUGGGUGUUACAGUUCUGACAUACUUGCUGCUAUGGAUGUAGCAAUAAGGGAUGGUGUGGAUGUGUUAUCUCUUUCUUUGGGUGGAUUUCCGAUCCCUUUUUAUGACGACACUGUCGCGAUUGGAAGCUUCCGAGCAGCAGCAAAGGGAAUUUCGGUCAUCUGUGCUGCAGGAAACAACGGGCCUAUCAAAAACUCGGUUGCUAAUGAGGCACCCUGGGUUACCACAGUCGGAGCAAGUACUCUUGACAGGAGAUUCCCUGCCUUUGUCAGAAUGGGAAAUGGGAGAUACCUUUAUGGGGAAUCCAUGUUCCCGGGGAAUCAUUUCCCGAGGGCUGAAAGAGAGCUUGAAGUAGUCUACAUAACAGGCGGCGACAUGGGGAGUGAAUUCUGUCUAGAAGGUUCAUUGUCUAGAGCACAAGUUUCCGGGAAGAUGGUGGUAUGUGAUAGAGGUGUGAACGGAAGAGCAGAGAAAGGCGAAGUUGUGAAAAAAGCCGGAGGGGUUGCAAUGGUUCUAGCCAACACCGAGAUUAAUCUUGAAGAAGAUUCGGUUGACGCUCAUGUCUUGCCGGCUACUCUGAUUGGUUAUUCCGAAGCAGUUCAACUAAAGAGUUAUAUCAACUCUACGAAACACCCAACAGCAAAACUUCGGUUUAUGGGUACUGUUAUUGGAAGGUCUCGAGCACCAUCUGUUGCACGUUUUUCAUCUAGGGGACCAAGCUUGAACAACCCUUUAAUCCUCAAGCCAGACGUGAUUGCGCCAGGCGUCAACAUCAUCGCUGCCUGGCCGCAAAACUUGGGCCCCACUGGCCUUCUAGGAGAUUCUAGAAGAGUAAACUUCACUGUCAUGUCAGGAACAUCAAUGGCAUGUCCUCAUGUCAGUGGCAUUGCUGCUCUUAUCCACUCUGCUCACCCAGAUUGGUCGCCUGCCGCAGUUAAGUCAGCCAUUAUGACAACAGCCGAUGCAACUGAUCACUACGGAAAGCCUAUCAGGGACGGAAAUGUGCCUGCCGAUCAUUUCUCCAUAGGCUCGGGACAUAUCAAUCCUUCUAAAGCUAUCGAUCCAGGACUGAUAUACGAUAUCAAACCAGACGACUACACAACACAUUUGUGCAGUCUCGGAUACACAAGAUCCGAAAUUUUCACAAUUAGUCACAGGAACAUAAGCUGUAAAGAGAUACUGCGGAAAACCAGGGGAUUCAGUUUAAAUUACCCUUCGAUUUCUGCCAUUUUUAACGGGAAUAAGACAGUUAAGGUGAUCAGCCGGACAGUAACCAAUGUGGGUGCACCAAAUUCCAUCUACUCGGUGGAAGUCAGAGCACCGGAACAAGUAAGAAUCAUAGUCAAACCGAGAAAGUUAUUGUUUCGACGAGUUCAUCAAACGUUGAGCUAUAAAGUGUAUGUUAUAGCCAAGAAAGGAGCAAAGUCGGGUAGCACAACUCAAGGAGAAUUGAGAUGGGUGCACUCGAGCAAAACCCGUUACAAGGUCAGAAGCCCCAUCACAGUAUCGUGGACAAACAAACAAAGGAAUAAUUGAAGGGUAUUCUCGAUCUUCAUCAACUUGCAAACUCGCAGAAGUUACGAGUUUGGGACUAAAACUAUUGAAUGCCAUACAUUCUUAUGAAUUCAAAUGUUGAAGCAACUAGAUUCUAUUGCUUCACAAUAUUUUCUAACAUGUUCUUUAUGUUACUACUUACUAUUCAAGUCCUUACUUCAUUUAUGAGAUUCAGAUUCUAUAA